AAAGAGAAGGAAUAUCCAAUUCACUAACUAAAACUGUCCAUCUAUGUUUAUUAAUAAUAAAUUUAUUUAUAUUUAUUAUAAAUAGACCAAAACGAGAAAAGAGAAAUUUAACACCUCUGCUCCUCCUUAGAUUCCGGGACCGGAUGGCCAUGUCGUCCGGUUGUCCCAUCACCGUCACCACCGCCACCGCCACAUCAACGGCCGCUUCCACCAAUGUUAGCCCCAGUAGCCACCCUGUUGGUCCCACCACCACUAGAAGACGCGUUGAUGCUGCUGUUGCUGCCACCACCAUUGAUAAAUCAUCCUCUACUACUACUAAUUUCUCAGAUUAUAAUAAUGAUCAUGUUGUUGUCUCUGACGAAGAAGACAAUCCUAACGGCUCUUCCGCUGGGACCCACCACCACCACCACCACAAUCACCAUUACCAUCAUCAUUAUCAUAGUCUUAAGCACCUAUUGCUUCGUCGAAAGAUGUUAUUUUUCAUCCCAGAGGGUUGGCUUCUUAGAUUGGAAGAUGGCUGCCAUUGGAUGAUAUCGGGCAAGAAUUUGGGCCGUAAGAUACUCGCUGUUUUAAUGUUAAUGGUCGUGUUUUCUGUGUUCAUUAAGGUCUCAUUCUUUUUGGAUCAUCACGUUGAAAAGAGAACAGAGAGCAGCAGCAACAAAAACAAUGGUGGUAAUUUGAUUAUACAAAACUACCCCAAUGAAAGGCGCUUCACUCAAAAUAAUAUCGUAACUGAAAGCGAUGAGGCCUCCAAGCCUUCUAAGCCCAUGCGCACUUUGGAUAGAUUAACGACUCCAGAAAUUUGGAUGAAACCCAAUAGUGACAGUUACUACCAAUGCAUAGCUCGGCCAAGAAAUCAAAUAAGGGCUAAAAAAACAAAUGGCUAUCUUCUUGUUCAUGCCAAUGGUGGACUUAAUCAAAUGAGAACAGGAAUAUGUGAUAUGGUUGCUGUUGCAAAGUUAAUGAAUGCAACUCUUGUCCUGCCUUCUCUUGAUCAUGAUUCAUUUUGGACUGAUCCAAGCAAUUUUAAAGACAUAUUUGACUGGAGGCAUUUCAUGGAAUCCUUAAAGGAUGAUGUUCAUAUUGUAGAGUAUUUGCCACCUCAAUAUGCAGCAAAGAAGCCCCUUUUAAAAGCUCCCAUCUCCUGGUCUAAGGCUAGUUACUACAGAGGCGAGAUGGCCUUAUUGUUAAAGAAGCAUAAGGUGAUCAAGUUCACCCAUACUGAUUCAAGACUGGCUAAUAAUGGCCUUGCAUCCUCCGUUCAGAAGCUGAGAUGCCGCGCCAAUUAUGAAGCCCUCCGGUACUCCAAGGAGAUUGAGGAUCUUGGCAAGAUAUUGGUCGAUAGACUAAGGAAUAACAGUGAGCCUUAUGUUGCUCUGCACUUAAGGUAUGAGAAAGACAUGCUAUCAUUCACUGGCUGUAACCAUAAUCUCACAGCAAAAGAGGCUAAGGAGCUGAGGACUAUGAGGUACAAAGUCCAGCACUGGAAGGAGAAAGAAAUAGAUAGCAGAGAGAGGCGACUUCAGGGGGGUUGCCCAAUGUCUCCAAGAGAAGCAGCUAUGUUUCUCAAGGCCAUGGGCUAUCCUUCCACUACAACUAUCUAUAUUGUUGCAGGAGAAAUAUAUGGUAGUAAUAGCAUGGCAGCCUUCCGAGCAGAGUUCCCAAAUGUCUUUACUCAUUCUACUCUUGCAACAGCAGAAGAGUUAGAACUAUUCAAACAGUAUCAGAAUCGCUUGGCUGCCUUGGACUAUAUUGCGGCACUCGAAAGUGAUGUCUUCGUUUAUACAUAUGAUGGAAAUAUGGCAAAGGCAGUUCAGGGGCAUAGGAGGUUUGAAGGUUUUCGAAAGACUAUCAACCCUGACAGAAAAAGUUUUGUUACACUGAUUGAUCAGUUUGAUGAGGGUGUAUUAUCUUGGGAAGAAUUUUCGUCAAAAGUAAAGAGUUCACAUUCCAACAGGCUUGGAUCUCCAUAUUUUAGGCAAGUAGGAGAGUCUCCGAGGACGGAAGAGAACUUCUAUGCAAAUCCUUUUCCUGGCUGUGUAUGUAGCAAGUCCCAGCAGCAAUCAAAUAGUCUGAAGGUUGAUCAGAUGGUAAAGCCAAAUACUGGGGCUGCAUCACAAAGAUAGAGGAGGAGUUAGGCCAUGUCUGGCUUAUGUUAUGGAUUAUCUCACACCCAUUCCUCGAAACAAUUGUAGAAUGGGUGUCGGCAUUGAGCAGCUGUUGCUUAGGCAAGGGACUGUAGGAGGUGCUUGCAGGGACAAGAAAUCCUGAGGUUUCUCAUAUAUACGAAAAAAUACACGACUGAGUUUUGUUUUGUUUUUUCUUUCUUUUGGGGGUUUAGAUAGAGGACUUAACCAGAAGUUUAGGAAAAUAGAAGAUUGAAUUAAAUUGUUAGGUGAAUCAGGUUAGUUACACAGGCACAGAAUAUAAUUCCAUUGGCAUAUGGAGCUAAAGGUUUUCCAUUUAUUUAUUGUUUGAGACACAAAAGAAAUUUAUUUAUUUAUUCUUUUUCCUUUCAGAUGUCAAAUUCAGUAGCCUGGUGCCAAUCUGGCUUAACUACAAUUGAAUGUAAUAUAUGAUACCUGGAUAUAGCUCAUGAGAGAAAUACAGGAAGUGCUUCGAGGGUUUACAGUAAA